AUGAAAAUUGCACAGUUUGGGAUUGGGAUUCGUGGCCAUGACCGGCCACAGUUUGCAACUGCUAUCUUCCUUCUAGUCAUUGCUCUUGCUCACAAGGCUCUCUUUGGUAUCGACUCUCUAGAAGACCUGGCUCAGUUCGACCUUCGUGAUGGGCCAGUAACUGAGGUUCCGUUGCGCUGGAAGGAUGAUGCCUUGGACAAACCAGUUUUAGAAAUGUUACUGCCACGGGUCCCCAAGAGGCGGUGCUUGACCAAGAGAGGUUUUAUUCUCUUUUUCACAUCAUUCUUGUCAUGGCUGGGUAUCCUGAGAAAGCCACAAUCCAUGAUAUUCGCUGAUCGCUUGGCGAAAAGAUUGAAGAUCAUGCCGCUGUUCGUUACUCAGCGUUCUCUCUACGAAGUGAGGGAGCGGCCGUCCAAGAUGUAUUCGUGGAAAGCAUUCCUGAUUGCCAAUAUCUUCGUUGAGAUUCCAUAUCAGAUUUUCCUCGGCAUCCUAGUCUUCGGAUCGUACAAUUACGCGGUGAACGGCAUCCAAUCCAGCGAUCGGCAAGGUCUGGUCCUUAUUUACUGCAUUCAGUUCUUUGUUUUCGGGUCGACUUUCGGCCACAUGCUUGUUGCGGGGCUACCGGAUGCAGAGACUGCAGGUGCUUUGACAACUUUGCUUUUCAGUCUGAUUCUGGUUUUUAAUGGCGUCAUGCAACCGCCCUCUGCCCUUCCUGGAUUCUGGAUCUUCAUGUACCGCAUUUCACCUUUCACCUAUUGGGUCGCCGGGAUUGCGGCAACAAUCCUGCAUGACCGUCAGGUUGAAUGUUCUGCUGCAGAGUUCUCGGUCUUCAAUCCUCCCAACGGUCAAACCUGCGGUGAAUAUAUGACGUCCUUUCUGCAAGUCGCGCCCGGCUAUCUUCAGAACGCGGAGGCAUCAGCCAAUUGUCAGUACUGCAGCCUCAGCAUUUCUGAUCAGUACAUCGCAGGAUCCGGAAUCUACUGGAGUGAUCGCUGGCGGAACUUUGGCCUGGUGUGGGCAUAUAUUGUCUUCAAUGUGGUCAUGGCUACGGUGUUAUACUGGGCUAUCCGAGUCAAGCAAUGGAAAAUCACCGACCUGAAGGCGAGACUUGGGUACAGUAGGUGA